AACACCUUCCAACCAAGUGACGAUGAACCAAGAUAUGUUUGCUUGCCUCGCUCCUGCUUACAUAUUAAACCGCAUCUGUAACUGAAAUUGCGGUCAUCGAUUGUGUUCAAAGUUCAACCAGGAGUCAUACUACGAUAUGGCGCAACAAACCCGUGUGGCCGUUGUCACAGGCGUGAAUCGCGGCAUCGGCCUAGCCAUCCUGCGCAGCUUAGCCUCAGGCUACGCUGGCCCCCAGCCUCUGGUAGUCUACGCCAGCACCCGCGCUGGCACUCUCCCAGAGGACAUCGCAGCCCAAUGCCAACCCCACGUGCAAAUCAUCCCCGUCCAGCUCUCUCUCCGCGACCCGAGUUCCAUCGACGCCCUCGCCUCUCGCGUCGCCCGUGAUCAAGCCUCUGCCGGCGGCCGCGGCGAAGGAGUAGUAGACGUGCUCAUCAACAACGCCGGCGUCUAUUACUACCGGGAAUUCAUCCCUACCUCCGAGCGGCACGACACGCUCGAGACCAACUACCACGGCACGCUGCGCAUGUGCCUCGCCUUCCUGCCCCUGCUGCGCAAUCCGGGCGGCCGCAUCGUCAACCUGUCCUCACAGACGGGACGGCUGCGGUGGUUUGCGCCGUGGCUGCGCCCGAGGUUUCUUGAUCCGGAUUUGACGCUUGACAAGCUGGACGCGCUGGUGCGAGAGUAUGAUGCCGCGGCCGCUCGGCCAGGUGAUGAGGUCAAGGCUGGGUGGCCGCCCAUGGCGUAUGCGGUUAGUAAAGCGGCGGUCAAUGCUUUCACGCGCAUCCUGGCGAGAGAGAAUCCGGGGUUGAGGAUUAAUAGUUGCUGUCCUGGCUGGGUCGCGACGGAGCUUGGGGCACAGGCCGGGCCGCCGCCUAAGACGCCUGAGGAGGGCGCGCGGAUUCCGCUGCAUUUGGCUUUUGGGGAGAUUGGCGAGACGAGUGGAAGGUACUGGGCCAAUGACUCGACGAAUGAUACUGGCAUCGGCAAGGUGCAAGAGCCAUGAUUGGUAUUUUGGUAUCAGGAGCAUAGGGCGAACCUUCAAGACACUGCGUUAAUUGGUAUGCUAGAAGGAUUCACAUAUUGUGAACCAUGGCAACUACGUACCUGCGCGCUGUCUGAAUUAUCGGUCCCGAAGCAGCUUGCUGGCCCUGUCAAAAGCAUCACACACCACUCUCCUCAUCUCGUCCGUCAUCUUGAUG